GGGGGUGGGAAUCUGAGCCAUUUCUCUGCGGACAGCUGUGUUUCAGAGUCUGGACAAGUUGCUGUUGAAUUUUGCAUGGGCUGCCAGGAUUUCGUGGAAGUAUAAUACUUUGUCAUUAUGAGAUGUCGUCUCUCGGUACCUCCUUUGUGCAAAUUAAGUUUGAUGACUUGCAGUUUUUCGAAAACUGCGGUGGAGGAAGUUUUGGGAGUGUCUAUCGAGCCAAAUGGAUAUCACAGGACAAGGAGGUGGCUGUAAAGAAGCUACUCAAGAUAGAGAAAGAGGCAGAAAUACUCAGUGUCCUCAGUCACAGAAACAUCAUCCAGUUUUAUGGAGUAAUUCUUGAACCUCCCAACUAUGGUAUCGUCACAGAAUAUGCUUCUCUGGGAUCACUCUAUGAUUACAUUAACAGUAACAGAAGUGAAGAGAUGGACAUGGAUCACAUUAUGACCUGGGCCACUGAUGUAGCCAAAGGAAUGCACUAUUUACAUAUGGAGGCUCCUGUCAAGGUGAUUCACAGAGAUCUCAAGUCAAGAAAUGUUGUUAUUGCUGCUGAUGGGGUGUUGAAGAUCUGCGAUUUUGGUGCCUCUCGGUUCCACAACCACACAACGCACAUGUCCUUGGUUGGAACUUUCCCAUGGAUGGCUCCAGAAGUUAUCCAGAGUCUCCCUGUGUCUGAAACUUGUGACACAUAUUCCUAUGGUGUGGUUCUCUGGGAGAUGCUAACAAGGGAGGCCCCCUUUAAAGGUCUGGAAGGAUUACAAGUAGCUUGGCUUGUAGUGGAAAAAAACGAGAGAUUAACCAUUCCAAGCAGUUGCCCCAAGAGUUUUGCUGAACUGUUACAUCAGUGUUGGGAAGCUGAUGCCAAGAAACGGCCAACUUUCAAGCAAAUCAUUUCAAUCCUGGAGUCCAUGUCGCAUGACGCGAACCUUCCUGACCAGUGUAAUUCAUUCCUGCACAAUAAGGCAGAGUGGAGGUGUGAAAUUGAAGCAACUCUUGAGAGGCUGAAGAAACUAGAACGUGACCUCAGCUUUAAAGAGCAGGAGCUCAAAGAACGAGAAAGACGGCUAAAGAUGUGGGAGCAAAAGCUGACGGAACAGUCCAACACCCCGCUUCUCUUGCCUCUUGCUGCAAGAAUGUCUGAGGAGUCUUACUUUGAAUCUAAGACAGAGGAGUCAAACAGUGCAGAGAUGUCAUGUCAGAUCACAGCAACAAGUAACGGGGAGGGCCAUGGCAUGAACCAAAGUCUGCAGGCCAUGAUGCUGAUGGGCUUUGGGGAUAUCUUCUCAAUGAACAAAGCAGGAGCUGUGCUGCAUUCUGGGAUGCAGAUAAACAUGCAAGCCAAGCAGAAUUCUUCCAAAACUACAUCUAAGAGAAGGGGGAAGAAGGUCAACAUGGCCCUGGGGUUCAGUGAUUUUGACUUGUCAGAAGGUGAUGAUGAUGGUGAUGAUGACGGUGAUGAGGAGGAUAAUGACAUGGAUAACAAUAGUGAAUGAAAGCAGAGAGCAAAGUAAUAAAAUUGAAAAUGUCCGGGAAAACAAAAGAAACGUGUUAUCUCAGUCUGUACAAAAACCAGUAAGGAGGUAGAAAACCAAGCACUACAUUUUUAGGCCAAUCACAUUUAUAUGACAGUCAUUUCUUUACGAUUUUACUUUUGAUUUGUCUUUGCUUACAGAAAAGGGGGGAGGGGAUGAAGCCAAAAAGGUCUAUUCAAUGAAUCAGCAAAUGUGGUGCCUGAUUAUAGAAACUUGUGAUUCUAUAUGUAAUAUAGCAUUUUUAAACUAAUGACAUUCUGGCUUUUUAAAAAUGAAUACAUUAUAGUUUGAUUUGAUUUGAUUUAUUCAGUUGCUUUAAAAAACUUACAUUUUGAACAAGCACUCUUAACUCCUAAUUCUUCUUUGACACUUGAUUUUCUUGUAACAUACUAUGUUUUUUUCCCUUAUGGCAAUACACCAUACUGUCAGAAAUAAUUGAUAGUGACUACAAAAUCCAACAAUAAAAAAAUUGAAAUGAAAGGAGGUUCUAACAAAUACUUCUCCAGAAAUACCUAAGUGCUGAGGAUUUUUAAUACUUAAUAGCACAACUACUGAAAGUAAAACCCAAGAGAUGUUUUCAGUAGUAUGUUUGCAGGAGAAAUACUCUAACUUGAAACCAACAGCAGGUGUUGUGGCACUUUCAUACCAGUGCUCACCCUAGAAGCUUCUUAACAGCACACUGUCAUAUAAGGCUUAGCUUAUACUUUAUACAAAGAGAAAGAGAGGGUAAGGGAUCACACUUCAGGCAGUGUGAGUGUUAAUACGGGGGUAGGGGUGUAUGCAUGUGUGUUUGUUUUCCAGAGGGGCAUGAGAAUCCUGGAUUCUAAAUACAUGUAGAGAUAUUUUAAAGACGGAACUAAAUAUUAUAAAAAGAAUAGCAAAGAUAAGCUGUCCUUACUUAGGCAAAAGAGCAGAAUGAAGGGUCCUUUUUAUAGCAGAUGUAGCCUCCCAGAUUUCUCUUUUUUUUAACCCUGACUCAGCCAUGCUAGUGUUAAAGAGAAGUAAAUGUAGGUGCUGCUCUGAAAACCUAGCUAGCCAGAGAGAUAUUCUCAGAAUGUUAUCACAGAAUGGUCAAAGCUUGUUUAAACUAUAAAACACUCUAUUAAAAAACUACAAAACAUUUGUAGUUAUGUACAUACAGAAAGGCAAAAGAACAAAGAAAGACUUUUUUUUCAAUCUAAAUUUGAAAGCAGUGCCGUUCAUUUGACUAUUAAACCAAAGUACUUUGGGUGGUUCUUUUUAUGGAGGUUUGUUUGUUUUUUUUAAUUUUAUUUUUGGCUGCAUUGAGUCUUCAUUGCUGUGCGCGGGCUUUCUCUAGUUGCGGCGAGCGGGGGCUACUCUUCAUUGCGGUGUGCAGGCUUCUCAUUGCAGUGGCUUCUCUCAUUGUGGAGCACAGGCUCUAGGCACACGGGUUUCAGUAGCUGUGGCACGCAGGCUCAGUAGUUGUGGCACACGGGCUUAGUUGCUCCGCGUCAUGUGGGAUCUUCCCAGACCAGGGCUCGAACCUGUGUCCCCUGCAUUAGCAGGUGGAUUCUUAACCACUGCGCCACCAGGGAAGCCCAUAGAAGAUUUAAGAAAGGAUAUCAUCAUAGAUAUUAUCUAAUACUAUUUCCAAGUAUAUUUGAUCAUAAAAAGCCUCCUGGAAUUUGAAGCAUGAGAUGCUUCCAAUCCCCAUUAAGGGUGGAAAAUACCACAAAAUGAUCAGUACUCUGUGCCAGCUUUAUUUAGAGCAACAUUACUAAUAAAAUGCUCUGGGGGCUUCCCUGGUGGCACAGUGGUUGAGAGUCCGCCUGCCGAUGCAGGCCCCGGUCCGGGAGGAUCCCACAUGCCGCGGAGCGGCUGGGCCUGUGAGCCAUGGCUGCUGAGCCUGCGCGUCCGGAGCCUGUGCUCCGCAACAGGAGAGGCCACAACAGUGAGAGACCCGCGUACCGCAAAAAAAAAAAAAAAAAAAAGUUCUGGGUGUGAAAUGUAGACCAGUCUGUAUAGAAUAGUGAUAAAUAGAAGGAUCUGGAGUCAGAUCGUGAUUCAGAAUCUCUGUGCAAUCUUGGGCAAAUUAUUUAACUUGUAUGUCUGCUCACCUUUAACUUGAGAAUGGUAAUAGUACUUACUUAAAGGAUUGUUGUGAGGAUUAAAUAAAAUGAUACAUGUAAAGCAUUUAACACAGUACCAGGCCAAUGGUAAGUGGUCAGUUAAUGUUAGCUACUGUUAACUAUGCCAGUGAAAAGAGACUGAAAAAUAAGUGGCUUCUGUAACCUGGAAAACGAAACUAUCAAUUUCAAGUGCUAUUUGUUGAGUAGGAUGAGAUGAAAGUUAAAGUGAAUAGCUUUCAGGAAAGAUAAAGAGGACAUCUUUAGAACGUAAGGUACACGAGCCGAUCUAUUCUGUUGCCCUUUGAAGACCAGGCACAUGGCAAGGUUUAGCUAGUCUGAGGUGUUUGCAGGCCUUGCUACCACCCACAGACCAGGCAAACACAGAAAGAAGAGGUAAACGUUUCCCCUAGAAGAUGGGUUCCCCACAUACCCAAUCUGAUACACUUCCUGUGUCUAUGCAAACAUAGACACAGAUACACACACAGCACAGUAUAUUGCUGGUGACAAACAGGUGCAAGCAUGAAUAGGCAUCCUGUCUGCACUCAGACAUGGAGGCGUCCUCCUUGAUUCAAGACGAGCCACUCAAGCAGAAGAUCUGAGUGGAGCAGAGGGGAUGGUUUUCAGCUCUUGACUUCCCAGCAUGCCCUGGGGCUCUGUGCCAUGUAACCUGAAGGAGAGCCAGAGACCAGGUAGUUCACAGCCUGUCAUUGCACAUCUUCCCAGGCCAAGGUAAAGUCAUCCAUCCCACCAGUAUUCAUUGAGCCCCUCCUUUGCGCCCAGUACCGUUCUAGGGAACAGCUAGAUGAAAAUCUGCACUUGUGGAGCUUACAGGCUAGCAAGCAGAGAUGGACAACAAACAGAACAAAUGCAUCAUGUAGUAAACAUUUGAUAAGUGCACGCUGGGAAAUGAAGCAGGGAAGGAUGAGGCCCAUGGGGGAAUGUUGUGGACUUUAAAGUGUGGUCAGGAAAGGCCUUACCCAUAAUGGAAUCUCUGUGAGCUGAUUUUGGGAUCUGUGCACCUUAUGUAAGAGUGUAAACCUUAAAAAAAAAAAAAAAAAAAAAGAGUGUAAACCUUGUCUCUCAUUUGAGAAUAACCGGAAAUAAAUUUAGAACAUAUGAAAUGAAUGGGAUGGACAUUUUAAAAAAUUUACAUUAAAUAAAAAUGUAUAAUAAUAAUUAGAUCUAUUAUGAUUAUACAUAAGGUUUUGGUGCAUUAAUAAAAGCAGCCAAAUAAGGCCAAAGGAGAAAGGUAAUAACCCAGACCUAGGUUUACCAUCAUUCAGGUAAUAUUUCUCUAAUCUCUCAACUGCUGCCAUUUUCCUCACAGAAAUUCCAGAGAUGGUCAUAGCUCAAUACUCUGCCAUCAAGAAACUGCAGAGAUUUUGGACACAGCAGAAUUGAUAACCUCAGUGAUAAGCUUGAAAUGUUCUAACCUAAAAUUGGGCUAUAGAUAAUUACUAUGUGGCUCUGGCUAUUUUACUUUCUGUUCCAAAUCAGUGUCUUUCUAGGGUUUUGAACAUCCCUGAAAUCUGCAUCAUAUAAACAGAAUCUUAAAGUGGUUUCACUUGAUCUAUGAAGAUGAUUUAGAAGACUUUAGACUCUAUUAUUAGCCUUAUUAAAUUUUAAAAGAAAUACUUAUUAGCCAUAUGCAGAAUUUCUAAUGAAGAUGUUAAUUAUACAACUUUUAAUUCACUUUUCAGAUCAGUUUUUGUGUUGUUGUUUUUGUUUUUUAACAUCUUUAUUGGAGUAUAAUUGCUUUACAGUGGUGUGUUAGUUUCUGCUGUAUAACAAAGUGAAUCACUAUACAUAUACAUAUAUCCCCAUAUCCCCUCCCUCUUGCGUCUAUCUCCCUCCCACCCUCCCUAUCCCACCCCUCUAGGUGGACACAAAGCACCAAGCUGAUCUCCCUGUGCUGGCUGUUUUACAUUUGGUAGUGUAUAUAUGUCACUGCCACUCUCUCACUUUGUCCCAGCUUACCCUUCCUCCUCCCUGUGUCCUCAAGUCCGUUCUCUACAUCUGCGUCUUUAUUCCUGUCCUGCCCCUAGGUUCUUCAGAACCAUUUUGUCAUUUUUUUUUAGAUUCCAUAUAUAUGUGUUAGCAUACGGUAUUGGUUUUUCUCUUUCUGACUUACUUCACUCUGUAUGACACACUCUAGGUCCAUCCACCUCACUACAAAAUAACUCAGUUUCAUUUCUUUUUAUUAGCCAGUGAUUUUUAAUAUGCAGUAGAUUUGUUAGACUUUUUUUUUUUUUUUAAUAUUUGUUAGACUUUAACACCAGCUGGGGAAUUCAAACUUGAUCCCCAUGAAAAUCAAGGAAUUGGGGUGGGGGAAGGUUUGGGAGAGAUCUAAAACGAUUUCUCAUGGCACUACGAUGUACACAACUUUGCUCUUAGAGGUUUCAUUGGAGUGGUCAGAAUUUCAUGAAAGAUAAUUUUAAAACUUACUCUGAGUUAAAUCUUGAUCCUUCUUUUUGAUACACUAGACUUGUUGCUGCCUUUUGAAACUAGCAGUCUACUAUACCGCAUACAUAAUAAAGCAUAAUUUUUCUAUAAUCAGGUACCUUUUGCUGCUUUGGGGUAAGACUGUUUUUCCAUUUAGAUGUUAAGCAUUUCCAGAGAGAAGAAUCUGUUCUGUUCUUUUGAUUGUAACAUAGCCUGAUAGCUGUAGAUGCAGCCUCUCUGAUGAGAAAUGAGCGUCUACCAGGACAUCUGGAGGACUAGCUAUGUUUCCUCAGACUCCAGCUUAGUUUACACUCUUUGGCCUGUGAGGAGCUUUCUGGCAUGUGAUUAUUUACUUCAGAGCUAGAGUUUCAGGCACCUACAUUAACUAUUUUAUAUAGUGUGCAGAAUAAUAGAUCUUUUAAUGUCAGAUACAAUACACUGCACAUAUUGCUUUUGCACUGUUUUAAAAUUUUUGUACUAAAUGAUAGAAAAUAUUUAUAUUCUUUGUGUGAGCUUUGAAUAGAUGGCAUUAUCACCUUAUUGGGUUUUUUUUAACAAAACGUUUUUCUCAAUUAUUCUAUCGCAAUGUUACUCUGAGCAAGUCCUAUGCCAAAAUCUUGUAUCGUGUUUGUAUGGAAGAUUAAAUUUUACUCUUGUGUGGUAAGACUACUCAGUUAUUGACUUCAUCGUUGGAAUUUGAUAUUCCGACACAAAGUCCACAAUGUAUUCAGAAAUCCAAGUCGCUGUCAUACAUUUCAUUUUGAUGUGAACUUUUCUUUGCUUUCCUUUGUUUUAAGACUCCAUUUUGCAAUAAACGUUUUGACAGUAAA